AUGGAAGGGGAGGGAAAAAAUAUUUUAUCUCUAGGAUAGCAUAACAUAGAGUUAUAUAACUUUUUAUUAGCUCAAAAUAAAAAUUAAGAGAAAUCAGCAAUUUCUUUAAAUUAUGAAGAGGAAUAAAAUAUAUUAUUGAAUUGUGAUAAAACUAUUUCAAGGAAAUUAAAAAGCAAGAUUUUUAGAGAUAUGAGAUAAAAUAGGUUAUUUUAAACUACUAUAUGUUCAGUUUAUAAUUAAAAAGAAAACUAAAGUGUGAUUAUCUCUUAUUAGACUUAAGAAAAAAAAGAGUUUUUUAAAUGUCUUUCUACUCACUCAAAUUAAUAAACAAUAUCACAAAAAUAAGACAACUCUUAAUAAACUUAGUUAAUUAAGGAUAUUCUUUUAGAUUAAAAUUCUUCGAGCUAAUUUAGUAAAUCGAAGAAGAAGCAACCUUAACAACUUUAGUAUUAAGUAAAAAAUAAUAUUGGUAAUUAGCAAAUUUCAUCUCUAUAGUCUAAUGUUAAUGAAGAUGUCUCUGUUAAAUAAGAUUUACACUAGCAGGAAAAAGAUUGCUUUGAAGAUUACAGAAAUUCUUGCUAAUAAAGCAAUAAAAUUAAAAAAGAGUAAGUUAAUUAAUAUAUUUGUUAGUAAUAAAUGGAAUAGCAGUAAAUUUGUUUUGGUAAAAGCAUUUAUGCUUCUUAGAUUCAAAGAAUAUUAAAAGAGAUUGAGGAAUAUAAUUUCUAAGAGUAUGAAUAAUAUGAUGAACAAUCUGAAUUCAGGAUUAUUUAAAAAAUAUGGAACUUAGACACUUUCAAUAGCAUGAAUUGCAAUCAAACUCACAGCGAUGUUUUUAAAAGUAAAAAAAUGAAGAUUAUUAAUAAAUUAAUGGAAAAAUAACUCUUUUUAUGCAAAAUAAUUACUUCUUGUGAAAAAGAAGAUCUAAUUCUUGGAUUUUAAGUGGAAGAAUAGGAAGACUACAUUUUUAAAAUAACUUAUAUUUCAAAUUAAUCAGAAACAGAAUAGUUAAUUUUGAUAAUAGACACUCUUGGAUUAAAUUAUGAAUUUAUUGAACUUGAUGAAGAAAAUAUUUCGAUUCUAAUUUUACAGAAAAAUGAUUUUCUUACAAUAUAAAACUAGUUAAACUUACUCAUAUAUUUCUAAUGUAAAAUAUUUUAAAUAGGAAAUUAUUGUGAAAUAAAUACACAUAAUUGCUUUUACUGUAAUAAUUGUUUAGAUAAUAAAAUUUGUAAUUACUAUUGCUGUUUUAAAAAUAUUAAAUCUCGUAUUUUGCCAUUUUUUUAAAAAAGAAAUUUCAAUUACUGUGAAUACAGCGACAAAAACAUAGAUGGAAUAAUUUUCUAAUUGAACUCAUAAGAAUUUGUAGUUGAAUAUGUAAAUUAUGUCCAAAAAAUGGUUUUCUGCUUUUUAAAAUAAGAUUUAUUAAGUGAAGAAAAUAUUUCCUCAUCAGAAAAAACAAAAUUUUAUGAAUAAAUCUCUGAAUAACAAGAUUGCUUUUCUUCAAAAGAAAAUAACAUUUAAUUAUUAAAGAAACUUUAAUUUGUUAAUGAGUACUAAUUUACAGAUUACCAAGUACAAAAUAAAUUUGAUUUAAAUCUAGACUAUAAAUAAAAUAACUAAAAAUGUAAAAGGGAAUGGAAUAUCGAUACAUUUAAUUCUAAAAGUGAAAAUCAAGCUAGUAAAACCUUUUAAAGUUGGAAAAAUGAAAUAAUUAAAGUACUAAAAAAUAAAAAUUACUAAUUAUGUUUAUGUUUUAUUACAAGUUUAUAAGAAGAUAUCUUCAUUGGAUAUUAAUAAAAUAAAGGUGAAUAAUACUCAGACUAUAUAUUUGUAAUUAAAUAUUACUCUGCAGCUAAAGAAAUAUAAAAAUACCUUUUAAUCUAGAAGUUUAAUGAAGAAAUUAAUUAUUUUAUUUUAAAUAACUGUGUCCACAUUUUCAUAUUACAAAAAGCAGUUUUUCUAUCAAUUUACUAAGACAGCUUUGAAAGUUUAAGUGAGAUUAAAAAUGAUUGGACGAAAGAAUAUUUUGAAUAAAUUAAUAAAAAUAAAGUCAUCAACUUAGAAAAAUGCAAUAAAUGCGAAGCCUGCAAAUAUAAUUAAGAGUGCUUUGAAUAUCUCAGUUUUAGAAAAUUUUAACAAUAAAAAGAAUUCAUUUUUGAAAGUUUAAAAAAUAAAAAUUACUAUUUAUGUGAAUAUUUAAAUUCAGGAGGCGAAGGAAUCAUAUUUCAAGGAUAUAAAUUUAUUAUAAAAGAAAAAUAAGAUGUAGUGUUUAAGAUUUUAUUCAACUGUGAUAAAAAGGAGCUUGAACAUGAAAUCAAAAUCAUGAAACUUUUUGAGUAAUAUAUUUGUGUUGUUAAAUAUAUCGAUUUUAUCAAAAUUAAUGAGGAAGUUGAUGUUUUGGUUUUAGAAAAAUGCUAAUUUAGUUUGAAAGAUGAGCUAGAUUUAAUAUAAAAGACAAAAUAAUUCCCUUUGAAUAAGCUUCUAUAAGUGAUUUUUAACUUGCUCGAUGGGUUAACAUAGCUUAGAAUUUAUAAUAUUUUACAUCUUGACAUCAAGCCUUAAAAUAUUCUUCUCACUAAAUCAAAUAACUAUGUUUACACUGAUUUUGGUAUAUCUUCUAUUAAAAGAGAAAAUCAAUAAAUUUACAUUAAAGGAUUGACUAAGUAUUAUGCUUCUCCAGAAUAAAUUGAAGAAGAUUCUAAUAUUGAUUUUUAAAGCGAUAUUUUUUCUUUGGGAAAAACUUUUGAAAUUAUUUUAAAUAUUUUUGAAAAGAUUUAAAAGUCAAAUUACAAAGAAAUUAUUGGUAAAUUUAAUAUGAUCAUUUAGUAAAAUAUGAUUUAAAAUGACUCAAAACAAAGAUCUAAAUGUCUCGAAUUAUCUUAAUAUUUUUUUCAACAAGCACUAAAGGAAAAGGCAUGUCAUUCAUUCUUAAUUCAAUAUAUGGAUUAAAUCAAACUAAUUUUAAAGCUGUAGCCUUAUGACAAUAACAAAGAGAUUCCUUACUUCUUAUAAAUAUCCCUUUAUUACAAUUAAAGCUUGCUAUCACUUCAGUAAUUAUUUGUUAAAGAAGACACUCAUAAUUAAAUAUCUAUUGAAAAAAAAUAAGAAGAAAUAGCGGCAACUCUGAAUAAUGUUGCAUUAUGUUUUGCAAAUUUAGGUGAUAGUAAAAAGGGCUUAGAAUGUUUUUUGAAAUCUCUCUAAAUCAAAUAAUAAAUUUUCAAAUAGAUUCACCACCCAUUAAUAGCUUUAUCACUCAACAACCUUGGCUCCUGCUAUAAAAAUCUUGGUGAUUACUAAAUGAGUUUAUAAUACUAUUUAGAGUCUCUUUAAAUGAUAAAAAAUAUAUUCAAAAAAAAUCACCCAUAAAUUGCUAUAGCUCUUGAUUCCAUUGGAAGUUGUUUUAUUUAUCUUGGAGAUUACGAAAAAGCAUUAGAGUAUACUUAAGAAUCUAUUGAAAUGAGAAAAUAGAUAUAUUAAAAAACUCAUCCAGAUAUUGCUUUAUCUCUCAACAACGUGGGUAGUUGCUAUUUUCAUCUUGGAGAUUUCAAAAAGAGCUUAUAAUACUUUUUGCAGUCUCUCUAAAUGAGAUAAUAAAUUUUCAAAGAAGUACACCCACAAAUAGCAGAAUCUCUUGAUAAUGUUGGAGCUAGUCUUCAAAAACUUGGUGAUCAUUAAAAAGCAUUAGAAUAUUAAUUAGAAUCUCUUAAAAUGUAUAAAUAAAUAUUCAAAGAAAGUCAUCCUAAUAUUGCAUUUUCUCUGAGUAACGUAGGUCUUUGCUAUCUUAGCUUUGGUGAUUAUAAAAAGAGUUUAGAAUAUUUACUAGAAUCUCUUUAAAUGAGGAAAUAAAUAUUCCGAGAAAACCAUCCUGAUAUUGCUGUCUCUCUCAAUGGAGUCGGGAUAUGCUAUAAAAAUCUUGGUUAUAUUUAAAAAGCUCUAUAAUAUUUUAUGGAGUCUCUUAAAAUAGCAAAAUAAGUUUUCAACAAAAACCAUCCAUUAAUUGCAACAUACCUUAAUAAUGUUGGCAGUUGUUAUAAAAACCUUGGCGAUAGAAACAAAGCCUUAUAAUAUUAGCUAGAAUCUCUUUAAAUGAGAAAAUUAUUAUACAAAGAAGAUCACCCUGACAUUAGUGAAUCUCUGAAUAAUGUAGGUAGUUGCUAUUUAAGCCUCGGAGAUAGCAAAAAGGCUUUAGAAUAUGUGCUAUAAUCUCACUAAAUUGAUAAAUAAAUUUACACCCAAAAUCACCCAAAAAUAGCAGCAUCACUGGAAAAUGUUGGCAGUUGCUACAUACACAUUGGUGACAGUGAAAAGGCACUAGAGUAUUAGCUAUAAUCUCUUAAAAUGAGACAACUAAUAUAUAAAGAGAGUCAUCCUGAUAUUGCUUAAUCGCUUUUUAAUAUAGGAAUAUGCUAUUUAAACCUCAAAGAUUAAAAAAAAGCUAUGAAAUAUUAGUUAGAGUCUCUUUAAAUGAGAAAAUAAAUAUUCAAAGAAAAUCACCCUUCGGUGGCUACAUCCCUUGACAUUAUUGGUAAAUGCUUAAUGAACCUUGGUAAUUACAAAGAAGCCUUAGAAUAUUAUUAGCAAUCUCUUUAAAUGUACAAAUAAAUAUACAAAGACACUCCAAUUUCUCUUGCUGUUGCAAUGUCUUUAAAUAAUGUGGGUAGUUGCUAUCAAAAUCUUCUAGAUUACUAAAAGGCAUUAGAUUAUUUUGUAGAAUCUCUAAAAAUGUUCAAAUAAAUAUACAAAGAUAAUCACCCACAUGUUGCUAUAUCUCUCAACAAUGUUGGUUAGUGCUAUGAAAAUCUUGGAGACAAUAAAAAAGCUUUAGAUUACAUGCUAGAAUGCCUUUAAAUAUAAAAAUAAAUAUAUAAAAAUAAUAAUCAUCCAUCAAUUUUUAAAUCUCUACAAAAAAUUUGCUAAUACUAUUAAAUAUUAGGUGAUGCUAAAUUAUACGAAAAAUAUCAAUAAGAAAUAACUUAAAUGACUGAAUGA